AUGGACUUGACGAGAUUCCACUAUAUGCUGCAACAACGGACUCAGAAAGCCUUGGCUGAAAGGAGGGCACGGGAUGCUCGAGACUCGGGUUUGAGACAUGCCCAGCUCGAUGCUCCUCAACCAGAGUCAUCUCCACGAUUUCAACUGAUGUUGAAUGAAAGGAUUGAAAAAAUUUUGACUGAGCGAAAGGCUCGAGCUUUUUCUUCUUCUUCUUCUAUCGCGUCUAGCUCUAGAGGCAGCAGUGAGACUAUUGACUCGCCGAGCUUACAUAGCUCUGAGUGUGCCAAAAGCCCUCUUGCUAGCGGCAUGUCGGAAGCUAAAGGCUGUAACAUCAAGAGAGAAGAGGAGGAUCAUAUAGAGUGUGUUGUAGCAUCAAGUUCAGGGCCCAAGCCAACACUUGAACAACACCAAGGACAACCACAGCACCAACAACAGCCGGAACAUCCCUUGGAACAAACACUAGAGCAUCAGCACGUUCAAAUUCUUCAACUACAGCCUGAUCCACCUCUAAGAGGACUCGAACAACCUCUCUCUGGUCAAAGCAUCUUGUCAGGCACAAAGAGAAGCAUGGACCCGGCAACAGAUGACGGGAUGGCAACGCCAGCGGGGACGCAAGAACCCCUGGCAAAGAGGCAAAAGAAAUCCACCCCUCCAAGAGAAGGCUCUGUUUGUACAUGUUCUAUCUCUACCAAAUGUGAGGUUGCUGCUGCCAAUGGAGUAAAAGACUGUCGCGCAAGCUCACAGCCUGUGAUCAAGAAAAUCCCCAAAGCCAAGGACACUGGGAUUACACGCCAUGAGUACAUCUCAAAGAGGCGUCGAAAUGAAAUAACUCGUUCCAACGCAGAUAUCCUUGAAAUUCUGCACCUUAUCAAAAAAAUUGGAACUGGAAAUGAGCCUGAAAAGAGUAUUCCUCGCUUAAGGGAUCGGAUACACUAUCUUGAGCUCUAUGAGAUCCCAGAGCAGUCAAUCGAAUCUAUAAAGGCCAAAUUCACUGACCCUCAAAACGGGUUGCCGGCCGUCAUCAGGAACCACAACCACAUUCCAUGGGACAUCCGGCUUGACUGUCGCGCGAUUCUGCAGCGGAUGGAAAAAGGAGAUUUCAAUGUGGACCUUUCGCGUGGUAUACUGACACGGAGGACAUACAAAGAAAACGGAAGGAGUGGACUGUCUCGCACCAUUGACAAAGGCUACCCAUUCAGAGAAUCGGCCUUCGUUCGGGGAGACAAUCAUCUGCGCAACGGCCAGUGGUUUCCUUGGCAGAUCUGCGCUCUACGGGAUGGUGCACACGGGGAUAUAGAGGGUGGUAUAUCUGGAAAUAAAUCAAUUGGCGCUGUUUCCAUUGUUCUCAGCUCCCCAGGUGGAAACCACACAUACGCCGAUAUCGACCUAGGGGACACAGUAUGGUAUUGCGGAACGAGAGGGAAAGACGGAGAAGUCUCUGCAAACACAGCCUUGCUUCUCGAAGCGGCGAACAAAAAGAGUGAUAUUCGUGUCCUUCGAAGCUCAAAGCUGCCCAAGCUGAACCCUUAUAGACCGUUGGAAGGAAUUAGGUAUGAUGGACUUUAUAAUAUCUGCGACUACGAAACCUUAGAUCCCAAAACUGCUCUGCACCGGUUCAAGCUUGAACGAGUUAAAGGCCAGACCCCCAUUCGAUACAAGGGGCCGGAAGCCCGCCCGACAGCUCGCGAGGUUGAAGAGUUACGCAAAGCAAACGAGCACAUUGCGAAGUCAAAACCAGCAAAAGAACUGAAAGGAAAGCAAGCUGACGCUACGCGAGCCACAGAUCAGGGAGCAGCUUAA